ACACAAAGGCACAUGGUUUCUUAAAUUUAAUUUUGAACCAAAUGAGUUGUUUGGAGCAGUUUUAAUAACCAUUCUGAUAUAUGGAUCAUCACAAUAAUAAAAGAAAAAGACGGCCACAUAAGAGAGGAAUUUGGGAUCCAAACUAUCCCAUUUCCGCCAAAAUGAGAUCGAGACAUGAUGGCUUGGAUGUUCAGAGCAGUGACAGUGACACAGACGAGUGUGUCAUGUUGGAUGCCCCAGCAAGUUCAACCUCCGAAAAUGAAAACAUCAAUGAGAUUCAAUAUAUGAAGUCUCUGCCAAACAGCCCAGCUGAUCAAUUAGAUAAUGUUUCUGAUUCCGAAGAAAGCGGAAAUCAGUCGGACGAAUCAGAAUCUUUUGACACCUCUGAAAGUACGCAAGGAGAUUCGUCUGAAGAUGAAACUUCGUCGGAUGAAGAACUUGCAGGAGAUUUUGCAAAUUUGGAGCAGCUACUUUUCACAAACGAAACAAGCCAAGCCACAUUAGGUAUUGCUCUGCUCAAACUUUGUAAAAUAUACUCCAAGCACUUAUGUUCCAAGGGUCUCUUGAGAGAUGUGAUUAGUUUAAUCAAUGAAAUAUUACCCAGAAAUAGCAACUUUCCUAGUUCGUUGCACAAAUUUUUGGAAAUAGCUAGCUCGGUUGUCCCAAAUUGCAAUUAUACUUCAAAAUAUUUCUGUGCCGAUUGUCAUAAAAGCUUCGGAGACACUGAUAAGGACAUUUGUGAGCGAUGCUCGAGUAAAAGUUCGGCUGUUUAUGUCAGCAAUGAUUUAAGUGCCCUCGUGAAGGUAUUUUUCGAAUCAAACGGAUUAGCACAAACUAUUGAUGCAUAUAAAACUACCCAAAUUGCUGAUGAAAAAGUACGUGACAUUGUUGAUGGGCGGAGAUUUCAGUCGUCAAAUAAAAAUCAGUAUGAUUUAGCUCUGAUUCAAAACAUCAAAAGUAUUCCAGUUGCUAAUGGUGCUGAAACUCAAAUAUGGCCAAAUGCUUUGGCCAUUUGUGAUAUUUCACCUGAUUUACGUUCAAAAAGUGUCCUGUUAGAAUCAAUUUGGUAUUCAAAUUCCAAGCCUGAUAUGAUACAUUAUCUGAGUGACUUUUUCGAUUCUUUCGAGCUCCUCAGUAUUGAUGGUGUUGAUUGGAAAAAUCCCGUAACAAAUAAUAUUGAAAACAGCAAAUUAUUUAUGAUUGCAUCCACAGUUGAUGACCAAACAAGAUGCGAAAUGCAAUAUAUAAGUCAGUCUGAUGGGAAAUAUGGGUGCAGUUUUUGUGAAAUACCAACUAGUGAAUGGAAACAUAAUAUGAAUUCAACAAAAAUUUACCCAUUCAAAUUAUCAGGCUUUCCUCUCCGCACCCAGGAAAAUAUGAUUGAACAGGCAAACUACGCUUUACGCAAUGAUCCAGGGAGUGGUGAUGAGAAUGUUGUCCAUGAUUAUGAAUCCAACCACUUUUUUCAAACAAAAGGAGUAAAAGGCUAUACUCCUUUGACCCUGUUUGAUAAUUUUGAUAUUGCAAAAGGAUUUUCUCCCGAUUAUUUGCAUAGCUGCCUGGUAGGUGUUGUACGCAGAAACAUUUCUACAAUUUUAGAUGAAAGAAAUUCAAAGAAAGAAUUUCAGAUUGUGAGAUAUUUGGGACUGAUUAAUAUAAAACUGGAUGAAAUCACUCCGCCAAAAUUCAUGAAGCGUCCGCCUAGACCAUUAAACAAGAUAAUGAAAUGGGAGGGAAGUGAGAUUAGGAAUUGGCUCUUAUAUUAUUCUCUUCCAAUCAUGAAAGAAUUUUGGCCAAAGCAAUAUUUAGAGCACCAUUUGCUUUUAGUUUUUGGAAUCCAUACUUUGUUGAAAGAGGAAGUGUCAAAAGAAGAAGUUGAAAGUGCCCGGAGAGCUUUAGAGGAAUAUUGCGGACUCUAUCCCCUUCAUUAUGAAGCCGAAGAUCAAACUUUUGAUUUGCACAUGCUUCUCCACCUGCCAGAUUCUGUUUUGGAAUUAGGUCCGUUGCAAAUGCACAGCACUGAUGCUUUUGGAAAUGCAAAAUUUAGACUGGGCCAAGAUAUUCAUGGCUCUGGUGCACGCGUUGCAAAGAAACUUCAAAACACGAUGCAAAUUAUAAAUUUCCAAACUUGCCUACAGUUCAAGUACGAAAAGGAUGAAGCUCAGAAAAUUCAAGUUCUUGGAGGAAAAGUUCUUACUGAGAAAAUCAGUCGUGAAGUAAUUGAUUUCCUUGAAAAUAGAGUCAUUGUAUUGGAAGAUGAUUACACGAUGGAAUUUUACUUGCGUGCUAAAGUUAACUCGGUGACUUUCACAUCUGAAUUUUACACCAAGGAAAAAACCACAGAUUCCUCCUUUGUAAAGUAUAAGAAAAAUGAUUCCCAGGAAGAAUUUGCAAGAGUAAUGUAUUUUGUAACUGUGAAUACUGACAAGGUGUACUUCAUUGGAAAGAAAAUUGACUUAAUGUCUCCUGUAUUUGAAAAUAACGAAAUGGCUGUGUCGGUUGAUCAUAUCAGACCUUACAGUGUGACAAAUGAAAUAGUCAUGUGCAGUGCUUCCAAAAUUGUGAUGCCAUUAAUCAAGGUUGAAAGUUUCUUAUGCAUACCUCCGAACACUUUUGAAAGGAGUUUGUAAAUGGUGAUGAAAUUAUUAAAUAGAUUUAAGAGGAUUGUGACUGAAUAAUUGUAUUGUUAAAA